AUGCCUUCGGUCGCCAGUAUCCACAAGCGCCAUGUCUACGGCAAAGAUGCUCAUACCUACUACCCAGUGCUCAUCGUCGGCGCCGGCGAGUCGGGUGUCGCGAUGGGCUGUCGUCUCAAAGAAGUCCUAGGAACGGACCAGUUUCGAAUCUUUGAGCGACAAUCUGGCAUCGAGAGACAAACCAGCCCCGCGUUGUUCUAUUCCUUUUCAUUUGCACCCAAGAAGAACUGGUCGACUUUGCACCCCUCGGGACCUGAGAUUGCACAAUACCUCGCCGAUGUCUGCGAGAAGUAUGAGAUUGUCGACAAGAUCCAGUUCCACACUGAUGUCCGCGAGCUUCGCUGGAUAGAAGAGGAUGAGGAAUGGGAGGUUCUCCUUUCCCACCUGGUCCCAGGGACGGGUGAUCUCUCCUCGUAUGAGCGAGAGCAGCUUGCGAUCAACGAGGGCGUGCAUAGCGUCUACGUCAAAAAUGAGAUCGUCCGAGCCAAGGUCGUCGUGAGUGGCGUGGGUGGACUAGUUGAGCCAAAGACAUGGCCCAAGGAUAUCCCCGGUAUCGAAGACUUUGAAGGAGAGAUCAUGCAUACAGCUCGAUGGGAUAGUGAUAUUGACCUGCAAGGCAAGGAUGUGAUCAUGUUCGGCUCCGGCUGCAGUGCCGCCCAAGUUGUCCCCGAGCUGGCCAAGCCAGAGGCCAACGUUCGCUCUAUCACCCAGUUAAUGCGUACUCCUCCCUGGGUGCAGCCAGACCUCUUGCCGCCCAAGCUCCUUGUGCAUUGGGAGAGGUGGAUGCCUUCGUUGUUGACACACGUGCCAGGACUGGCACGUUUCCUCCGCAACAACCUCUUUCUGAUGUGUGAACAUAAUUUCUUUGCCAUGUUCACUGACACGGCAUACGGACGCAUGAUGCGGCCAAAGAUUGAAAAGGCAUUCCUGGAUCACAUGCGCGAAAUGGCACCGAAGGAAUACCAUGAAAUGCUGACCCCAAACUACAGCCUUGGAUGCAAGCGCCGUAUCAUUGACGGUACAUGGUACCGCAGCCUGCACUCCUCAAAGGUCACGCUGACAACGCAGCCACUGGCUCGUGUCCAUGCGAGAAGCGUAACAAUCGGACCGGGACAUUACUAUCCUCCGGGCAAUGACUCUGAUGACGAAGCUCGAGAGAUUCCGGCCGAUGUGAUUCUGCUCGGCAAUGGCUUUGAGACCAAUCAGUGGCUGCACCCUUUGAAGGUCAUCGGCAGGGGCAGCAAGAAGAUGGAGGAUCUUUGGGCAGCUCGAGGAGGCGCCCAGGCUUAUCAGGGAAUCGCGAUGGACCACUUCCCGAACUUCUUCAUGCUCUUCGGUCCGAACACAGCCACCGGUCAUACAAGUGUUAUCUUCGCGACUGAGAACGCGGUCAACUACUCCCUGAAAUUCAUCAAGCCAAUCUUGAUCGGCCAGGUCAGCUCCUACGAGGUCAAGGAAGAGGCCGAGCUGGCGUGGACCAAGAACGUGCAGGACCAACUGCAGAAGACGGUCUUCCGUCGCGGCGAUUGCUCCAGUUGGUACAUCACUGCCGACGGAUGGAACUCUUCAACCUACCCAUACUCCCAGAUCCACUAUUGGUACCGAUGCACAUUCCCUAUCUGGAGCGACUGGACGGCAAAAUGGACUCGAAAGGGUGCGAUUCUGCAGGGAAUCCGCAAGACUGUGCGCCUCUCGUUCAUUUUCAGUGUCCUAGCGGGACUGGCAUGGCUAAAGAAGAACCCCGACGAGCGCAGUAAGUUGCUGCUAGCCUUGUUGGCAGGGAAGGACUGGCUUCUUUCCAAGGCACGUGGCUUGUAA